CGAAACGUGAUCGUGUGCUCAGACCAUUUCAUUGAUGGGAGACCAACGGCACAGAAUAGUGUGCCUUCGAUAAAAUUAGGUUACGAGAAGGAUGUGAAGAGGGGGAGGAGAAUUCUUAAAAGAAAGAUGCCAGAAAACCUCAUAAACACACCAAGCAAAACUUCUUUUGUGGAGGAGACACAUCCAGUCAUUGCAGAGUCUGAGUCACAUGAUGAUUAUGGCCAAAGCACUUUUAGUGAUGCCUUCACCCAGACAGUUGGGACAGUCACAGAUGUAUCCACAAUAGGCACACAGUGGUGUGAUGGAGAUUUGCUGGACCAUACAUACAGAGUGAGGAGUAAGUCAACUACAACAGACACAUCAACACAGACAUCAUCACAUCUAAUUACCACUCAUGUAUCAAAAGGUGUUGGUUGCUCCACUGCUAACAUAAAUAUGUCCUGUGAUAAAAUCUCCACAGAUGCUGACUCCCUUUUGUACACAGGAUUAACACUACAAGUAUUUUUAACAUUCAUCAGUGUAUUUCAGAAUAUUGUGACACCAUUCAAAUUUACAAUGGAUGUAGCAGACCAGUUACUUUUAUUUCUAAUGAGAUUGCGACUUAAUCUGUUAUUUGCAGAUUUAGGACAUUGAUUUGGAACUAGUGAAAGUAAUGCAUCCAAGAUUUUUAAUUGCUGGUUGCCACUGAUUUGUCAAAACCUCAAGCAGCUAAUUGUAUGGCUACCUAGAGAGACAAUCCGAGCCACAAUGCCUGAAGCGUUUAAGGAAAAAUAUCCUAAAACAACUGUAAUUAUUGAAUGUGCUGAAACAUUUAUACAAA